AUGGGGCAGAGGCAGAGCGGUGAGAUGGUCCCUGCUGCCUCCGUGAAGCACAUCAGCCACCGGCGCUUCCUGGCCACCUUCCAGCUGGAUGCGGUGUCCAAGGAGGAGCAGGACCUGUACCGCUGCGUCACCCAGUCCGCCCGCGGCUCCGGCGUCUCCAACUUUGCCGAGCUCAUCGUGACAGAGCCCCCCACACCCAUUGCACCCCCCCAGCUGCUCCGGGCUGGUUCCACCUACAUCAUCCAGCUCAACACCAACUCCAUCAUCGGCGACGGCCCCAUCGUGCGUAAGGAGAUCGAGUACCGCAUGACCUCGGGGCCCUGGUCGGAGGUCCACGCUGUCAACAUGCAGACCUACAAGCUCUGGCACUUGGAUCCGGACACCGAGUACGAGAUCAGCGUCCUGCUCACCCGCCCCGGUGAGGGGGGCACUGGCAAACCGGGGCCCCCCCUCAUCAGCCGCACCAAGUGUGCAGAACCCAUGCGGGCCCCCAAAGGUCUGGCUUUCUCCGAAAUCCAGUCCAGGCAGCUGACAUUGCAGUGGGAGCCACUGGGCUACAACCUGACCCGUUGUCACACCUACACCGUCUCGCUCUGCUACCGCUACUCCGUGGGCACCGGCCACAACCAAACCUUCCGGGAAUGCGUGAAGAUGGAGCGUAACGCCAACCGCUACACCAUCAAAAACCUCCUGCCCUACAAGAACAUCCACGUCAAGCUCAUCCUUUCCAACCCCGAGGGUCGCAAGGAGGGCAAGGAGGUGGUGUUCCAGACGGAUGAGGAUGUGCCUGGUGGCAUCGCCUCCGAAUCCCUCACCUUCACCCCGCUGGAGGACAUGAUCUUUCUGAAAUGGGAGGAACCGGUGGAGCCCAAUGGCCUCAUCACCCA